UAAUAAAAGACCUUUAACCUACUAAAAUCAUUGUCACAAUUUUCAUAGGUAGCUCGCAAAUUUGUAAAUACAGUAAGAUCCAAAAGGUCAGUAUUUCUGAGCAAUAGUAAUAUUCAUUUGUGAAAUCAUACUCGUGUAGAGAGGUGUAAAUACAUGAAUAUGAAAAUAAACUUGUUGAAAAGACACGGAUAAAGGGUUGAUGUACAAUAUUGUAAGAAUCAGCGCAUAAAAACAUCACAGGGACAAAAUACAAUUCCCCCAAAACAAUAUGGACUCCAAAAUUGGUGCUGAUCAGGCACAAAAUUCUGUCUAUGACAAGGAAAUCGGAAAUAAUCUGAGUAACGAUGAAUCUUCAUUUCUGGGCAAUAUACUGCGCGAAAUCCUGUACAGUCCAAUGAACUUGGCCCUGUUGGCCAUAAUAUGCUUCUUGGUCUAUAAAAUUGUUCGUGAUCGCACCGAAGUUCCCUCUGUGGGUGUAGCAAAGCCAUCUGAGCCGGAGUUACCUAAAAUUCGCCGUGACUUCACCGUUAAGGAACUGCGCCAGUACGACGGAAAUCAGCCGGAUGGUCGCGUUUUGGUUGCCGUUAAUGGAAGUGUUUACGACGUUAGCAAGGGAAGACGUUUUUAUGGCCCAGGUGGACCCUACGCUACAUUCGCCGGAAGGGAUGCCUCUCGCAACUUGGCCACAUUCAGUGUGGUUUCGAAUGACAAGGAUGAUUACGACGACUUGAGCGACUUAAGUGCCGUGGAAAUGGACUCUGUGCGCGAGUGGGAAAUGCAAUUUAAGGAAAAAUAUGAGCUGGUUGGCAAGCUUUUGCGUAAGGGCGAGGAACCGACCAAUUAUGACGAGGAUGAAGACGAGGAAAAUGUCAACAAUGAGGAUGCAGAUCAAACAAACAGCUUGCGUAAACAACUACCCAAGUCGAAAACUGAGACUGAUGACAAGAAUCAAGAAAGUCACAUUUUGCAAGGCAACAAUGCAACCAAAACCAACGCACAAGAUGAACCAAUUUCUACCGACUGUUAGCGAAUUCAGGUUUUUGUUUGGCUUUUGGAUGUGGCUGUAAUAGUUUAUUUUCGGUUAGAAACACAAAAAAAAA